CUGAGCCUGAGAAGAACCCCCCUUUGAUCAUCGAGGAGGGAAACGAAAAAAAGCCCUCUUUUUUUUUGGGUUCUUCUCCGGAGAGAGCGAGAGUACAACAAUCAAGAAGAAUAAGAAGAACAAAGAUUUUCCACAGAAGCGCGCUCGACUGCAAUCGUUUCGGAGCUUUCAAUCACUCUUUCCUUUUAAAGGUUUGCGAGGACAGAGGACUUCUAGUAUCGUCGUCUUUUUUGCUCGUAGUAUUUCUUGGAGGCUAAGGAUAGCCAUGGCGGAGGCAGAGACGGUGACUGAUGUUGCGGAUGCGCCAGCAAAUGGAUUUUGUCCGCCUGAGGAUACAGGCGAAAAUGCAACCUUGAAGAAAGAAGAGGACAAUAAUGGAGUAAAAGAAAUGGAAGGACAUAGUAAAGAAGAUGAGAAGACAGAGGCUGUGAAAAUGGAUGAAGACUGUAAACUGAAAGAAGAGGAGGGUAAAAUGGAAGAAUCAGAAACUGUGAAAACGGAGGAACAAACUGGCUCAAGGACAGAGGAGGAGAGUGAAGUAAAGGGUGAAGAGAAAUCUGAAGAGAGUAGGGAGGAAAAAACAAAAUCUAAAGAGACAAAGUGGGGGAAAGGGUCAAAGAGGCGUGGGAGGGGAUGGAAGGUUGGCAAGAAACAGGAGACUGAUAAAAUGAAUGUAGACAAUGACUUGAAAGAAGAGAGAGAAAUAGAAGAACCAGAAACUCCGCAAGUGGAAGAGGAAAAUGAUUCAAAGGAAGGGGAGAGUGGAGAAAAGGUUGAAGAGAAGGAUAAAGAAAGCAAGGAAGUGAAAACAAAAGAAGAAGAGAAAAAGGAGGGCAAUGGGUCAAAGAAGCGUGGGAGGGAGAGAAAUAUUGGUGAGAAACAGGAGGCUUCUAAAAAGGAUGUGACUGAGGAAAAUACCAAGGAUCCAACCACUCCUGUGCUGUCCUCUUUUGAUCGACCUGUACGUGAGAGAAAAUCUGUUGAGAGGUUGGUGAUAUCUAUUGAGAAAGAAGCAGCAAAGGAGUUUCACAUUGAAAAGGGCCGUGGCACUCCAUUAAAGGAUAUUCCAAAUGUGGCAUACAAAUUGUCAAGAAGGAAAACUGAUGAAACUUUCAAAUUGCUUCACUUGAUUCUUUUUGGAAGGAGGGCAAAGGCAUCUCAUGUCAAGAGUAAUAUAUCCCAGUUUUCUGGUUUCAUAUGGCAUGAAAAUGAGGAAAAGCAAAAGCUGAAAAUAAAAGAGAAACUUGACAAGUGUGUGAAAGAAAAAUUAUUGGAAUUCUGUGAUGUCCUUGACAUACAUGUUGCAAAGGCUACAACAAGGAAGGAAGAUAUUGUGACAAAGCUAAUUGACUUUUUGGCGGCUCCACAGGCAACUACUGAUGUGUUACUUGCAGAAAAGGAGUUGUCAGGUAAGACUAGAAAGCGUAAGAGGGUUCUGAAAAGAAGUGCAUCCAAGUCUGGAGACACGUCAACAAGAAGCUCACGAAAGAAACAAAGGUCUGAAGACACUCAAAAACAGAAGGGGAAGAAGAGUGCAGCUGAAAUAGAAGAUGAAUCAGAAGAAGAAAAUGGUGUUCCUGGUGGAUCUGAGGAUGAAGCAUCUGACCAUUCUGAGAGAGAGGAAAGGGAAGAUGAAUCUGCAGAUGAGUCUGCAGAAGAGACGAAGAAACGCAGACGUGGUUCAAAGAAGCCAACACCAAAAAAGGAAUCUGCUGGGAAGACUAAAACCAAGAAAAUAGCAACCCCCAAAAAAGCUAGUCCUAUCCAAUCACCAAAAAGAACUCCUAGCAAAUCUUCAUCCAGGCAUUCCAAGGCUGACAGUACAAGCAUUACAAACCCAAAGGUGUCAAGAAAGAAGAAAAUUGAAGAGACCACUAAGAAAAAAUCAUCAACUCCUGUGAAAUCUGCUACUAAGAAAAAGGGCACCAGUGAAAAAAGUGGUAAAAAGGCAAUUGAAGAGGAGGAAAUGAAACCGAGUGAAGAUGAGCUAAGGGAUGCAAUAUGCGAAAUUCUAAAGGAAGUUGAUUUUAACACGGCAACAUUUACUGACAUCCUCAAGCAACUUGCUCGCAGAUUUGAUACUGAUCUCACAUCAAGAAAGUCCGCUAUAAAGGUCAUGAUCCAGGAGGAACUGACCAAACUAGCUGAUGAGGCCGAAGAAAAUGAGGAUGACGAAGAUGGUGAAGGCGAUGCUGAUAAAGACGACCCAAAACCUACAAGCCAUGUGGUGGAGACUUGACUGUUACGAUGGGAUACAGAAAUGAAAGAAAUGAUGUAAUUUAUUGCAAGGGUGGUUUACUGCUGACAACCCGAGACAAUUCCGUGUAACUUGUUCGUGGCUGCCGGUGACAAUGUGUUGUAUACACAAAUACAAAUAUGUAGCCAUUUUCUUUUUAGUUUGUUUUUACACCAUUUAUCAGCUAAAUUAUGGCGUCUUGUAGGCUGUAGCAUUAACCACAAAAUGGAACGUUGGGUGUCAUCCCUAAAAAGAGCCUUGGUCACUUAAAUCCAUAGAAUGUACGACGCCUAGUGGCUGAGAUUUUCAACCCUAACCCUAUGCUGAUUUGUUCUUCAUUUUUUGUUCUCUUUUUUGGUUUAUGAUACGCCAUCGGGUUUUCUGUUGUACGUGUAAUGAAUUGCUGAAAGUCCAUUGUCCAGGUGUCCAGAUUUCUGUGCAAUAUCUACACCAUCCAGGAGCAUCUAUGCCUUCGAAGUUUGAACUACGUAUGAAUCAAACGGUAGUGAGUACAGAGUGUUCUCUAAAUCUAUAUUUAUAUAUACUGGUCAGGCCCCUUUUGAUGCAUGGUUGUUAAAAGGAAUUGUGGCAAGUGUUUUAUUGAUAGUCAAUUUGGCCGAGUGGUAUCAACUAUCAAGUUCAACCCAUAUUAUCUUGGGUUACACGUUAUUAGAUAAAUUUGUGUUAAUUUUUAUUAUUA